AUGAUCAGCCCGAGCGUAUAUGCCAGCUGGCUCGACGAUGAGUACCUCCCGCUUACCAGCCGCAAGACGAGCAGAGCUUUCUUGUUUGGUACUGUUGCGAACGCUACGCGUGAAGGCCUUCUCCCAGCCCUGAUGGGGAAGAAGAGCGUUCGCGAGGCGCUUCACUCUUUCAUCUCAAAAGCCUCGCUCAAGGCGGGAGCAGGCUUGGCUCUCUACGUUGCCAUUUACCGAACCAUCUUGCAGGUACUGCUCAUUGUUCGCGCUAAGACGUUGAUUCCAAAGCUGCAGGCCUGGGCGCAAUCCUUGCGAUCCAAAUAUGCAUCCGCGGCAGCAUCUCGUGCUGGCACUUCUAAACGCAUCAUCUCACACUCCUUGAUGCCAUUACUGGCAGCCAAUGCAUCUAUUCCAGCACUGCUCUUGGUGUCCAGCGCGUUAAGGAGCUACAUUGCCUUGGAUAUCCUCGUCAAAGCGCUCCAUGCCAUAUAUACCGAAGCCAGAAAGAAUGAGUCUAGACUCGUUUCAUGGGUACCAGAGUGGAUGGGAGGAGGCUUGCUUUGCGCAGUAGCAAACGGACAGCUGCUCUGGGCUUUCCUCUUCGAACCUCAAUCCUUCCCGUCGAGCUAUGGCAACCUCAUCUUGGCGCGCUCGAAGGCAUACAUUCCAACUCGACCCUCACGAUUGCCUGCCAAUGUACCAUGGCCGAUGCGGCGGCAAAUCGCAGACACUAUCGCCCAACUCUCAACGCCCAGCAAGACCAAGGCCGCAUAUCCGACCUUCUCAUCGCCACUGCUUGCUACGCUUAAUCCGUCUCUGCAUCCCAUAUCCGAGUACAGCAUCAUCAACCCCAUUCUGGACUAUGCGCCUGCCCACCCAGGGCACACGGAGCUUCUCUGCGCAAUACUUCAUCCCACUGAGCCGAGCUGCCGCAAGAACUUUUUGCAGUUCUUCAAGCAGGAGUGGAUCGCUAGCGCUCGCUUCGUCGCCGCUUUCGCCCUGUUGGCACAGGUCUUCUUUUUUAAGAAAGCGAUCAGAGAUCCGGAGAUGGCUGUCUUCAAAUUCAUCAUGACGGUGGCCCAGGGCGCCACAUUGAUCAGCGGAUCCAUCGGUUCGGCUUGGGCGUUCACUUGCGUCUUCCAGCGCUAUCUUCCCAAGACGUUUUUGCCACGCUCGCGCUACUUCCUGAACGGUGCUCUCGCCUCCAUCUUCACCCUGGCAGUACCAGCAUCUCGACGCACUAAGCUGGGGCUGUACCUCGCCAAGUUGAGCGCACGCAGCUCGUGGAACAUCCUCGAACGUCGCAAGACCGCCAAAAGCGUGCGCAACGGCGAAAUGAUCCUCCUCGCAAUUGGCAUGUCCAUCCUCUCGGCACUGUACGAGGAAAGACCCAAGGCGCUCGGCCGGAGCACCCGCACUGCGUUCCGUUGGCUCAUCGGUGCGAGGCAGGGCGGUGUCGGCGCAGUCACCGUCGGUCAGCAGACUCAGGGCGAGGUGGACAACAGCUACUUUUAUGCCAAGGAGAAGCUCAAGCGCCUGAGCAGCAUUACACCGACUGGCAUACGCGAUGCCGGCGACGAAGACACAUCGGACGACGAUGAAUAUGGCAAAUCCAAGGCGAAGGGCAAAGCGCAUUUUGACUGA